AUGUCAAGGGCUCCCAUUCUCAUAAACGAUCUGGUCAAGGGGAACCAAGUCUGGAAAAUGCUGAUUAGGGUUGUUGAUCUUUGGGUUGUUAAUGAGAAGAAUGGCCAUCAACACCUUGAGAUGGUCAUUCAAGAUGUAAAGGCUGAUAAAAUUCAUGUCACAAGUUGGAACAGAGAUUUCAAAGAUUGGUUUGAACAAGUGAAGGAGCAUGAGACUUAUAUUAUGUAUAAUGGAGAGCCCAUUGACAACGAAGGUCCUUUAAAAGUCUGUUCUCACCCACUCAAACUCGUCCUCAACGGAGGGACUACGAUGAUGAAGGCAGAGUUACCCGACAUACCAACCCACAAAUUCAUUUUUCAUCCUAUUGAUAACUUUCUCAAAGGGACGUACAAGCAUGACAUGUUAUAUGCUUCAUACAUUUUAGAUGUUAUAGGGGUGUUGCAAGAUGUUGUUAAGACACAAAUGGGCGGUGGUGGUAGGAAAUCUUGCGUCAAUAUUACCUUGCGUGAUGUCGAAGGGAAUGUUAUCGAGAUCACUAUUCCAUGUUUCCUGUUACACUGUCCUUCUUACAAACCUUUGCCUUGCAUUAUAGUUUCCGGUCUUCCGUCUCUUUCGAAUGCAUGGAACGGCUCUAGACUUCUCAUUAACUUGGACCAUCCACAAGUGGCAGAAUUCAAAGCUAGUUUUGGAACUACUGCUUUAUCCGGUAUACCUGCCCUUUCCCAAUCAUUAACAUGCGAUUCUUCCUUUCAAUCUGCAAACAAUUUCUGGACUAAUUUGAGUGAGGUCAGGAGUAUCCAUGCAAUCGCUGCACUGGCAAAGGACUCUUUCGCAACGACUAUUGGCACUACCGUCGGUUUCAAAGCUUCCAAGAACGGAUGGUAUUUUGAGUCUUAUGCUUGGUCAUCUGGAAAUACAGACCCUGAACCUGUUUCGAAGUUCAAAGUUGAGGUUGAAGUUGUCUAUGGUGAACACAAUGGAACAUUUGUUUUUUGGGAUAAGGAUUGUAUUCCUUUUACAAAAUUGACUGCUAGGGAAUUAAGAGAGGUUAUGAAAGAGGCUGGAGAAGACAAUCCUAAAAUUUGGCCUGCUCAUCUAGAUGUUUUGUUGAAUAAACAAUUUGUGUUUCGUGUCAAGUAUCAACAACAGUACCGACAAUUCUCUAUCGUGAAAAUACUUAACGAGGAGGGCCUUUAUGAGAAGUUUGACAAUUACCUCACCCCGGAUGAGACCAUGCCACCUCAGACCAUUCUUGAAACGUCCACCACUGCUCCGAUACGUAUUCCAAACCAACUCACACAAACUUCGGAGCAAUCAAUCGGUGCUGAGCCAUACUCGGCUGCUAACCCGACUUGGAGCCCAGAAGCAAGCUCCAAUAGUACUCCAGCCAAGAGGGGAUCAGAGUCAACCUCGGUUAAUGAUAUCAUCCAAGCUGAGGAGAUCACUCCCAAACAAUCCGCCACUAAGGCCAAGACUGGAAAGAAGCUUAAGCAUUUGAAGAAAGAAUGA